ACUGCUCGGAAGGCAUCAUUCCCUGAUGUAGGUGCAAAGUGUGUAAAAAAAACAGAUUUAGUCCUUUUUGCCUCGAUCUUAGGAAAUCACCCGGGACAAAUGCAUGGCGGGUAAAGAGUCAGAUAAACAAACAUCAUUAACAACGAAAGAAAACACCUACACCUGGGCACAACGUGAACAAGAAGGCAAUCAGGAUUUGACGCACGUUUGGCUUGCAUGUCGUGGAUUUUUGUUAUGCCGAAAUGUCGUGGAUUGUUAUCAAGGUCAUAUCCCCCUGCGCUGUGUGCACGUAGAGUCGGCGUACGUUGGCUGUCUCAACCCUUCCUCGUCACGGAUCGCUGGUACUGUUUCCACGCAACUGCUUUAUCACACGUCGCUACGAGUACGAGUUCAUUAUGUGGACCGAGUGACUGUCCCCCAGUGCCAACACAAGCAAAGCCUGUUCUUGUUGAGCCCGGGGAUCGGUUUCUGCGGGUCUUUCAACAGUCACGAGUGUGGGGUGGUCGGAUGACACGUUAAACCUGUUGCACUCGGCGCCAGCAUACAUUUCAGGCAGCGACUAUUGUCGAUGUAUUACGUUGCAUGAAAUGGAAUAAUGGUUAGUCGAACCGAAACGGCAGCGGGAAAGUAAGGCUUCAUUUCGCCUCGAUCCUAUUCUUCAACGAGGGAUCAUGGAAUGCCGCACGGUGAAUUACUGAGAAAUUUCCCUUGAAACAAUAAUAUUGUCGGUACGUCUGCAUGCGAUGGCGGCUGGCGGACCCGCGAGCGCGGCCCGCGGUCCCCCGCCCGGGCUGGCCUUCAAUCUGGACGAGUGGGUACCGUGCGUGGCUUACCUGGGCCACACCGACCAGAGAGAGACGAACACGGUCACGAAUGCCGACCUCGCCCGGGUGGUCGCUAAGCUGUAUGGUCGCCAUGAACUUGACCACGGAGCUAUCAUGGGUCAGAUGCCCACAACAACAGAGGUGUAUGUUAAAGUUGUGCCUCCAGGACUCAUUUUAAGGGUCAUCAAUACCUCUCUAUCCCACCGGGCGAGCGACGGUCCCCGUGAGGGCAUCAGAGAGUUCUUCGAGACUGUCCGUAUAGCGAGAUGCUCCGCCAAUCACGAGCCGUGCACCCACGCUCUAGUCUGGGUCUACAACCGCCGGCCGUCGCUCGGUGGGACCGUGGACGGACUGGUGGAGUGCCACGGCGUGGUGUGCCGUGACCUGCGGGACGCCACCAGGCUGGCCAACACGCUGGCCAUGGCGUUCUACGAGAUGCGUCAGCAAUCCGUCGCCAUCGGGAACGCCUUUGGCGCCGUGGGUGGCGCGGUGAGCAUGUCUGGGCUGAUGUGGAGCAUGCCAGGGGAACUGCCACCGGCCUACACGCCCGUUACCGGCGAUGGAGCCCCUGAGCCGCGGGCAAUGCGGGGCAGAAGCCGCGGCAGCAGGCAGAUGCGAGUUCUGGAGGUGGCCACUGUCCACCGCGAGGACGACUGUGAUGAGGAUUCCGGACUGGACCCGAGCCCCAGGUCGACUGGUUCCCCGAGCUCGCGAGAGGCUACCCCACGAAACGCCACUGGAGGCAUGAGGAAUUCCACCGUGUCGCUGCACUCAACCGUCGCCAUCUCCGAGGGCAGGUCUCCACGCGGACGGCGGCCCGGUGGCUUGCCGGACGUUUCUGCAGACGACUCUUGGGGAAGCCGUGUCGAGUAAGUCCAGAAUAUCGAAAGAUUCAUGUCCUGGGCACUCCUGAACGCACUGGGUACAAACUUACAUGCCAAUCGAAACUUGUAUCGAACUAGCCCAUAGUAACCUUAUAAUACACUGCACUAUAGCUGGUUACAUUUUUAUGCACGUUCGAACAUUCCCCCGUGGUUCGAGCGACAAAAUAUGCACAAAAUAUAUCCAGGACCCAUGCAAACUCACCCGACUAGUACACGUAUUCACAAAUGGUCGUCGCUCGAACUUGAACGAGGACGUUUUGCGUUGAGCGCAGUUCUUUACUGAGUCACCUGUGUUCACAAAUGGGUAACUGCGGCAGUGUCAAGUCGCUAACCUGCCGUUUUAACGCCGUUCAUUUGAUGUGUGGGGUGUUCGAUUUUUUUCACUGGCCGUGGACCAUGUUUUGGGCUAUAACAAAUGCCUUUCCAAACUAGUUUGAUUAGUCCGUAACAAGUAGGAUAUCGUGAUCUACACGUUUAUGCUUUGCAAUGUUUGACUCGGUCAAAACAAGCAGUUUUAAUGUCAUUUUUAAAGAUUUCAGGUUUCUGUAGUUCUGAUCAACUGUAUGCCAUCUGACGUCUCAAAAUGGUGUUGAUAUGAGCUUCCCUACCGUCCUGUGUGUUUCAGCGCUGUUAUCUGGUUGUUUGAUACAAAUUUAUGGCCGUGUCUUUGAAAAAAAAUACUUGUAAUUAUAGAGUUCGGCAUGGCGCUGAAGCGUUUUCUGAAAUGGCGCUUGCAGUGGCUGCAGACCAGAGCAGGUACUGUUCGUGAAGCAGUCGGUGAAAUGUGAGGGAUGGACUUUGCUCGCAAGGCGAACGUCCAUGAAACAUGCGCGAGACUCUAUAUUACCUACUACAUAGUUGAUUUUGUAAAAAAAUUACUCAGAAUUUUUAUUUUCUCGUGCUUAUAUUAAGUUGGAUGCAACGCAGUAUGUACGUCCUACUGAAUGUAACUAAUUGAGCUUUAAAUAUAUACUUUAUAUAUACAGUAAUGCUAAAUUAUAUAAAUAUGUUAAAUUUAUACACAUUUACACAGAUUUAUCAAACUUAAAAUUACUAUGUUUCUAUGGCACAUAUAAGAACUGAAGGUUUGAAGUUAAUGGUUGAUUUAUCAAUUGCAUUGUAUGAUUAAUUUGUACUCGGAGAAUCCUCAGAAAAUGUCCAUGAACGUAUUCUUUAAAGUUUUCUUUUCCAACAAACAGUAAGAACCGUCGAGCAAAAUUAAUAAUACAUGUAUAUGAUAAGAGCGCCUUUUAUAAUGGCCACAAUAGGACGUCAUAGUGCUCGGCUUAGCAUGCGCGUGAAAGCACAUUGAUGCGGCCAUAUAGGUAAAUGUGAACAUUUUAAGGCAACAGCUAUGUUGCCAAUAAAGGGGGGUAACUUCCUGUAAGGUUGGCCUCCCAUACAAAUGGUAGACAGUAGGCCUAAAGGAAAGGUGCCUACAGCACAGUAUUCAGCAGUAAUCAAACGACCCGGAUGGCGUGUCGUGUUAACCUUUGCAUCGUCAUGAUGGCUUUUUCGUGUAUCGUUGCUUGGAAACCGCGAGCCUCUUUCAUAACACAACAGAUCCGGAUCUUUUUUUCCCCAUGACUGCCCAGGGUUUUCCCCUUUAUAGAAUUCAACGCGAGGUUUAUUGCCAAGACCUUCCUGGUCUCCUUGUUGUGCUAAAGUUCCAUUGUGGACUCUUCAGUCAGUGUACCCGGAAAAAAAUAAUGCAGUGCAUUAUUUGAAUUUUGCUUGUAUUUCGUGUUGUGCGCGACCACUGCAUCGUAUUACACAUGCGCACUUGUCAUGCAAUUCAGCCUGCAAUAUGUGCGGUUAGCUCUUUCAAGCACUGCCAAACUUGGAUUAAAACAGCAAACUUUUGGCACCCUUUGAAAUGAGGUACAGUUUGUCCUUCACUAAUGUGAUGCGAACUUCAGAAGUUUUGCCCGGUUCGUAAAGUGCGCCUCCUAUUGACAAAAUAUUUCCCGCUUUGAACAGCGCUGUCAUGAAAAUGUCGAAAAGAUGUGACACAUAACACUGAUCAUGCGUUCUAUCUUGUAACUGGGGGAAUCUCUAGAGAGUGCUAAAUUUCAGGCUACUUUGCCUCCGUAAAUGGAGUGGUUAACCUAGCCUUUGAAAAUAAUUGGGUGGCUACUUCGCCUUAGAAAAUAAAUUUUAAAAAUUGAA